AUGACUUCAUCAAACAACAAUGUCUUCAGUCAAGUCCGUUCAAAGCUGCGGCAAUCUCGCUCCAGCAUGAUGCUGACAGGCUCGACACAUACUCAACUCGAGCAGACCAAUUGGGAAAAUGUUCCGGUGGCAUUUCGCCCAGUUGAGAGAGCAGAGGUUCGAUAUGUACAUGGUUACUAUUUGGAUCGACCACUUCCUGGACCCCCUCCACGCCCGCGAACAACAUCUCCUCCAGCCCUCGAGCCUCGGGCAGUAUUGGAUAUUAGCCACCUCAGAAGUCCUACACCUCGCACACACCGCAGCAGGUCGGCUGAAAUGGCGCAAAGGGAAUGGACAGGAUUUGAUGGCCAUGAGUCGAGCUUCCAAAACAAGAGGGCAAGUGUCAAUAUUGCCAUUGCCCUGCCGCCAGACCAUCUCGAUCCUCCUCCACCGUACUCUCGCUACCCUUCUCCGCCAUCCACACAUUCUGAUCCUUGGUUGGGUCCGCAACCUCCUCGCGUCCACGAACAGCCGUUCAUAAAACCCUACAACCCAAUCGAUUAUGUCCGUCAGCCGAGUCAGGUUACGAGACGGCCACCUGAGGAGGUACCCAUCAUAGCUGCUCCGCAGCCGCCCACUCCGGUAUCCCCCCUUAAUGCCCUGGAUUUGCAAUACCUGGCUAUGAGACACCCGCCAGCCGCCGAUGGCAAUGUUACCAUCGACGGUCUUCUGGAUCAUCCUAUGCUGCAACAGAGGUGA